AUGGAACAGACAAAAUGCUUGUAUCGCAUGAAGACUACAGCUAAUGGACAUGGUCUGUUUGCUACUAGGCUGAUAAAAGCUGGCACGCGCAUCAUUCACGAGAAAGCCCUCUUGACAAUCUCGCAAGCUGAAGCAAAAGUCAACAAUGAAUACAGAUGUGUCAUCGAUCAAGCAUCACGAUUGAGUGCAGACCAAAGAAACAGGCUCAUGACUUUAUAUCAUAACCCCAAGAAACUUGCAGAGUUUUCUUUUCUGAAAGGUCAGCUAUGUCCCGGAACCAACAUUGACUGCAGUCUGAUUCUGGCAAGGUUUUACACCAACGCUGCGAGUAUAACUGCAGGGGGGGUAGAUUGUGGCCUCUUCGCGGAAUUCUGCCGUAUGAAUCACUCGUGCACACCAAAUAUAUGCUGGGUCUAUGACGAGCCGUCGGCCAUGAUGGAAGUCUACGCUGUGAGAGACAUUGGCAAAGAUGAGGAGAUCUACAACUCAUACAUUGAAGUCGUUUGUUCCCAUCAAGUGAGAAUGAAGGAACUAUCCAACUGGGGAUUUCAAUGCAGCUGUCCCGCAUGCGAGGGUCCUGAUGCACCACAGCACGACGAGCGAAGACGAAGGAUAGCUCAAAAUAGAGGUAUUUUGGAGUUUUACAAGGAUAUCAGGGACGAUGGACAAAGGCCCAGAUUUGCUGAGAUCCCAAAGUCAGACUUGGAGGCGUUAAAGCUCUGUCAAGAAAAUGUGACAUUACUCCAGGAAGAAGGGCUUGUGGAGCAACUGGGCGUUUCAUAUGGCUGGUGUGCGAAGUUUGCAAAGGGAGCAGGACUGGAUGAGCUCGCGGAGGACUACGAGGAAAUGGAAUUCGAAAUACUGGUGAUAACCACUGGGGAGUACGUAGAGUAG